UAUUGCAUUUCCUCCCCCUGAAUUGGAACAAGAAUGACUUCAAACUUGACUAAGAAGAUGAGGUUCGAGACUUGGACCAUUCCGAACAGAGAUGAAAUUGGGAAUCAUUCCCAGGGGUCUACUAGUGGCCUCGCAUCGUCAACCCAUGGUUACCGGGAUGUCACGACGAUGUCUUACCCCAGACUGAUCACCUAUUCUUGUUGCCUCCUUCAGCAUGUCAAUGCUUCCCCGACCCCUUCCCGCCUGGUUCCCGCUGGGACUCGCAUACUAGAUGCUCCGGGGAUCCUCAUAUACUACGCGGAGGUGGAACCCUCACUGCUACUCCUUUCCUUCUCAAGAUCUCCUGUCGUAGUAUCCAACUUACUAUCGAUUCCAGUCUGAUCGAAGGUUACCUCUACACGUGCAUGUCCUAGUCUAAACCCAACUCGAAGUUGUCCCUGCUCAGCAGCCUUGAUCUUCAACGUCAAUGCCAACAACAAAGAUCAUCCCAACAACGACGCCGACGACACGAACGAUCCGGGUCGAAAUUGGGGGGCACCCCAACGAAACAAUGAACGUCCACACCAAGCCCAACCCAAACCCAGACAGUGUCUCGGAGGUCUACGAGGAGAUACCGGAGGUAGAACCUCCACGGUUUGAGAGGGUUUACUGGACGAGGGAACCGCAUCUGAGGAAGCUCUACAGCAUGACCUUCUUCCUGAUGGUGGCAUCGGCAACGACGGGCUACGACAGCAUGCUUUUGAACACAUCACAACAGAUCCAUGCGUGGAAUCACUUCUUCUUCCCGGAGACGAAGCUCAACCCGGACCUUGCAGACCCCGUUGAGGAUAGCAAGCUGGCAAUUUUGAUCAACAUGUUCAACAUCGGCUCGAUCUUUUCCUUCUUCAUAACCCCAUACGUGGCCGAUAAUUAUGGACGAAGACCCUCCAUCGUAGCUGGGUGUAUCCUCAUGAUCUUUGGCGGACUCCUAACAGGUUUCUGCAACGGUUACGGAAUGUACAUGGGUGGCCGCUUUCUCCUCGGUUUCGGCAACUCACUCGCACAAAUGGCCUCCCCCCUCCUCCUCACCGAGAUCGUCCACCCGCAACAUCGCGGCCCCGUCACCGCCAUCUACAACUGUCUUUGGAAUGCCGGCGCGCUUUUGGUGUCGUGCAUAGCCUGGGGCACGUCCAACAUUGCCUCCAACUGGUCCUGGCGCUCCAUCACGCUCCUGCAGAUUCUGCCCUCGGCCGUCCAGCUCGCGGGCAUUUGGUGGCUUCCUGAAUCCCCACGCUAUCUCAUCGACAAGGAACGCCACGAUGAAGCCCUCGACAUCCUCGCCAAGUGGCAUGCCGGCGGUGAUAGGCUCAACAGAACAGUGCAGUUCGAGUUUCGCGAGAUCAAAGAGACGAUUCGCAUCCAGAAGCAGCUGGAUGAGGCGUCGAGCUAUGUCGAUUUCAUCAGGACCAAAGGAAAUAGGUGGCGGUUGGCUAUUAUUAUUUCGCUGGGUGUCAUUAGCCAGUACUCCGGCAAUGCCCUGUUCAGCAAUUACAUGAAUGCUAUCUACGGCGGGGCAGGGAUAACGGAGCAGAGCCAAAAGCUGGCCAUCUCGACAGGAAAGAUCAUCCUGGAUCUGAUCGUCACCAUCUUUGCCGCGCUCAAUGUCGACCGGUUUGGACGCAGGCCGCUGUUCUUAAUAUCGACGUGCGGUAUGGUCGUGAGUUUUGCGUGCUGGACGGCAACAGGGGCGGUGUAUGAGUAUAGCGGGGAGACAAACAUGACCAGUGGCUAUACACAGUUGGUGUUCAUCUGGAUCUUCGGUAUCUUUUACGAUAUUGGGUUUUCAGGACUGUUGGUGGCGUAUGCGUUGGAGGUCCUGCCGUUCCAUUUGAGGGCGAAGGGCAUGAUGUUGAUGAAUAUCACGGUGCAGGCUGUGCUUGCCAUCUCCAACCAAACCAACAAACUAGCCUGGGAUAACCUCCCCCACCACUGGAACUUUACUCUCUUCUACACCAUAUGGAACUGCUUGGAGCUGACUUUUGUCUACUUGUUCUACGUCGAGACAAAAGGGCCGACUCUGGAAGAAGUUGCACGCAUCUUUGAUGGUGUUAAUGCCGUGGGACAUGUUGAUAUGAGACAAGUGGAGAAGGAGAUCUAUCACGAGGGCGUUUUGGGGAAUCCGUUGGAGAGGAAUCGGGCGAUGCAUGGGGGUGGACACGGUGGGAUCGAGUUGGAGGAGCAGGGGGGACAGGGAUAUGGGUAUGCGAGGCAGAGGAGAGGUGGUGGGUAUGAAUGAGGGAUGAGGUAAUGUUGGGAUGUGGUUUUGAUAUGGCCUCAUGUUUUUCUUUGUACUAGCUGUCACACGUUCACCUGCACUUAUACCCCCUUAACUUUUUGAUGAUACCAAAAGGAAUCGGAAUGGACAUGGAUGGAUGGGCUGGAAAGGGGUCAUGGAGUUUAAUUGGAUUUAGCAUUAUCUAUUAUCUGCUGAUUUGUCUCGCUUCCACCAAAGUUUUGAUCUUCUGCAUCAGACUUCCCGUCAGCUACCUUCUACCACAGGCACACCAAGUGAC